AUGGCUAUAUCAAUGACUUCCCUGGUGGCCGUUGCCAUCGUGGCUGCGGUGAUAUACAAGGCCAUUAUUUACCCUGCUUUCAUCUCACCGCUGGCUAAGAUUCCAAAUGCUCAUUGGAGUGUGCCUAUUUCUCCGGUGUGGAUGCUAUGGAGGCGUUUUCGGAUGCAGAACAAUCGGACUAUUCAGGCUGCGCAUGAGAGACUUGGACCGAUUGUGAGAUUGGGUCCCUCUGAGAUUUCGAUUAAUUGCGUUGAUGGCGGGAUCAAGUCUGUCUAUACAGGCGGAUUUGAGAAACAUGAAUGGUAUCCGAGAGUUUUUGGGUCGCUGGGCACUGUGAGUAUGUUCACUAUGGUUGGAAGCAAGACCCAUUCCAUCCGAAAGAGGAUGCUAUCCAAUAUCUACUCCAAGUCAACGCUGCAGACAUCUCCCAAUCUACGGGUUGUCUCCAAAGCAGUCAUCCUGGAUCGUCUGCUGCCAAUCCUGCAAGAGGCUGCAGAUUCGGAUAAGCCUCUGGAUGUGCAUGACUUAAACCAGGGAUUGACUAUGGACUUUGUCUCUUGCUACCUCUUUGGUCUGCAGAAUGGCACCAACCACCUCCAAGAUCAUUCAUUUCGGAAGCACUGGCUUCAUAUGUACCUGUGCCGGAAACCAUUCGAGUUCUAUCACCAGGAGAUGCCGUACCUGAAUGGAUGGAUGAAGUGUCUGGGUCUGCGUGUCAUCCCCAAAUACUGCGACUCAGCCAACGACAUGCUCGACGCCUGGGCUCUAGAUCUCUGCGGCAAAGCAGAACAAUCAAUGAACUCGACCGAUCCAUCCGUGGAACCCAUUGUCUACAAACAACUAAAGCAGAGCUUGGAUAAACAAGCUGCCAAGGAAGGCGUCAAGCCAGACCGGGCCCAGCAGUUGAACGAAAUCGCGUGCGAGAUGUACGACCAACUCACCGCGGGCUUUGAAACCAGCGCUGUGGGGCUGACAUACCUCCUCUGGCAACUAUCCCGACACCCAGAGAUCCAAGAACAACUCCGCGAGGAACUGCUCACUCUAGACUCUCCGAUUCUCUUCCCGGAGUCCUCGGAAUUGCCACCUGCAAAGUCCAUUGAUAACUUGCCCUUGCUGGAAGCCAUCGUCACGGAGACACUCCGUCUUCACGCUCCGAUUCCGGGUAUUCAACCUCGAGUCACGCCCGAGCCCUCGUGCAGUCUGGCUGGUUACGAUAAUAUCCCUGGAAACAUUCGCGUCAAUGCGCAGGCUUACUCGCUGCAUCGUAAUCCGCAGGUCUUCCCGGAUCCGGAGUCAUGGCAGCCGAAGCGCUGGCUUAAAGAGGAGAAUUCGUUGGAAGAGCUUGAAGAGCGACGACGGUGGUUCUGGGCGUUUGGAAGUGGAGGGCGGAUGUGUGUGGGAAGUAAUCUCGCGCUUCAAGAAACGAAACUCGUCGCCGCGGCAAUUUACUCUAACUUCCGCACGACCAUCGUCAACGAUGAUGAUAUCGAAGCUAUUGAUGCUUACACCGUUCACCCCCGAGGAGAGAAACUAAUCCUGAAGUUCCAGAAAGUCUAG